CUGACCCUGCUUGAGUUAAAGGAGCAACAACCAGAAAGGGAUGAACACCUGAGGCCCCUCUCUCUCCAUCAUGGGCAGUCAGUGUUGUAAGGCUAAUCAAGAUAAAGAACCUGAGGAAAAAAAGGAAUUGAAGAAGGCUAAUCAAAACAAAGAGCCUAAGGGAAGAAAGGAAUUGAAGAAGGGUGUCCAAUUUAGAGAAACCAUAAUCAAAUAUGAUGCCAAAAAAUCAAAAAAGGGAGCAAUGAAAAAGGUGGCACCUGCUGACAUGGUACAGGCAAGCACAAAGAUCCAGGCCUGGUGGCGGGGCACGCUCCUGCGAAGAACACUGCUACACGCCACCCUCAGAGCGUGGGUCAUUCAGUGCUGGUGGAGGCAGACACGAGCCAGGCAACUGGAGAAGAAGAAGUGGGAAGCGCUGGAGCUCUACAAGCGGCAAAUCUGGGCAGCUGUGAGGCUACAGUCCUGGGUCCGCAUGUGGCUCACCCGCCAGCGAUACCACGCUAUGCUCAAUGCGGUCCGCAGCAUCCAGAACUGUUGGCAUGGUCAUAUUUGCCAAUUCCAUGACAUUUUCCAGGGCAGCUAUGAGCUCACAGGAAGCCACCUACAACUUCAGCUCGAUAUCUUCCUGGGAUCUCAGGUUUGUCGCAUUACAGACUGCAUCCCCUUUCCAAUAAAGAACUAACCAGGUCU